AUGCUUCUGUUCGACAAGGUUCCGCUUCAUGAAUACUUCACGCGGCUCUUCGACUUCGAUGUCGAUUUCCAGGCCGACAAUCCCUCGUUCCGCUGCUUCUUCUCCAAAGUUCACGUCACGGUUCGUUUUUUUUCGGAAACUGUUUCUCGAGAGAAAAUCAGAAGAAGAAACAAAAGGAAUUCCCCAAUUUACCACAGGAGUCACCAGGGAGGUCAUUUUUCUCUUCGUAUCCCAGUUUUUUCUUUAAAAAAUCGGCUAAUGGGCAAAAAAUGUCCUGAAAGUCUGCACUUCAAUGAAGGUUCAGGAAAAAAAAAAGUAAACGUCUCAAAAAUGGCCCAUUCAGCUGGAUUUUGAUAGCUUUCUAAGGACACGUUUAUUCCAAAAAGACAUAUAGUAGGGAAAAUGGAUGAGUAUUUUUUGGUUUUCCGCCCGUAACUUUAUUAAAAGUUAUCAUAUUGACGUGAAAUUUGACUCAAAUGAGGGAAAUGAUGUUAUUGACAAUUUGAAGCAAUGGUUUGAACCGAUUUCUAAAAAAUACUUCGAAAAAAGUUUUUUUUUGAAUGCUCAUCAAAAUCGCAAAAAAUUAUCAACAAGUAAAAAUUCAACAAAGCCAGUAACCGACAUGAAUGACUAUAGCCAAUAUUUUACUGAUAAGCUUAUUUUUAUGCUUUUUUUAAAGUCAAAAGUAUAACGAAAAUUUUCGAAAAUGCGUGAAAAAAAAGUGUGCAAAAUUUAUUUCAGAUCAAGAAUAAAAUUUUUCGCAAUAGAUCUUGUUUCCGAGUUAUGGAGCUUCAAAGUGUGCAAAACACGCAAAUUAGGCCAAAAAAGCUCUAUUUCGGGCUUUUGAAGUGUCCUAACUCGUAGAAAACGUUCCCUAGUGAGCAUCAAAUAAGAUGUUUCAGAACGCCUCGAAAGUGCUGCUCCUACUCGAAUUCCUGCUCAUCAUCCCUUACGUACUGUUUCUCUUCCCAUGGUGGAUCCUGUGGAUAGGUUUUCUUGCUUCUCUGAACUUUCUGACCAUGUUGAAGGGCUCCACUUGGUCCUUCUCCUCACGACGAUGUACGCGCUUCGGCAGCAGAAACACAGAUUCAUGUGGCCGAUGGUUAUUUUCGCGCGGUAGGUUUUUCAGUCUCGACACACAUGAGUUUCGACUUGAGACGUUGCAAUUUCUCGUCUGGAUCGGCCUCACCUUCUUCAUGUUCUUUGUCGCUCUUUUCGACACGGACGCCUACCUCAAAUUUUAUUCUCAGGGUACAGUCGUAGAUGGAGAGUCAGAAGAGGAAAUGGGUUUCAGGCCAUCAUGAGGGCUUCGCGAGGAUUGCGGUUAUACUCGUCGUCAAGGCUUGUCUCUUUUCAUUUGUUAGAAAAGAUGUUCUCUUCGUUUGAAUAUUCUCAAAGUGUGCUUGACGUCAUACCUUCAUUGGGCAUUUGUCUCGAACAGUUCUUUCAAGCAAAUCCAUUUUUUCCGUGUCGUACCGAAUCCAAAAAUGUUCGAGUUUUCUUCAGAAAUGAGUACGGUCAAAGCACUUCAAAAAUUGACUGCCCAAACUGUUUUUGUAUCUCAGAUCUUAUUGGGAGUUCGGUUUAGUAUUACCAGAGCUAUUCAGAACUAAUAUUUGAGUUAAUGAAGAAUUUGGUAGGGCUGAAGACAAAAAAUCUCCUUUACGUCCAAACUUUUUGCAUAGCUAACCAGGGAACGUUUUUAACCCCCGGUUGAACUUUUUUGCUGAACCAUUGCUGGAAGUGUACUUUAGGGCCCCCUGAUUGCAGAUAAAAAAAAAACAUUUUUCGCGCAAUAGAUCUUGUAUCUGAGUUAUGGAGCUUCAAAGUCCGCAAAAUACGCAAAUUAGGCCAAAAAAGCGUUAUUUUUCAAGCUUUUGAAGUGUCCUAACUCAAAAACGAGGAAAAAAAACGUUCUCUAGUAAGAUCUUAGCUCAAUUCCAGUCACCGAGCUUCAAGAGACGUCUGUCAUCGCUUAGCUCAGAAGAAAGUAGGCCCAAAAAACAUCAACUUUUUUAGGCAAUAGUGCUAAUGAUUGGGGCAUUCCUGUUCUGGCGAUUGUCCGUUUUCCACGCCACCAAAAAGUACUUUGAAGCGAAAUGCGAAGGCGAAAUCGCUGUCGCCGAAUCGCCUGCCGUCGACGGCAUCCAGAAGCUUCUGCAGCCGAUGUGA